AUGCUCGAUUCCGAAAGUACAUCCAUACUCGGCUCCGCUGGGAAAUUCAUCACUCAUAUUGCAGCUUUAAAACUCGUUGAGCAAGGCGCUAUUACACUCGACGAGCCCAUUUUCAGACAUCUCCUGGAGCUGGAAUCUCUUCCUUUGAUCACACUCGGCAGUGGCAAUGAGCAGUUUAGCUUUAGCCCUGUCACUAAGAAAAUUACUCUUCGCCACUUACUUUCGCAUACCAGUGGCUUAGCUAGCGACAGAAACCCUCCUAUAAGCGAAUAUCUCUCUUCUGAUGUUUCAAAAAUUCGAAUCGAGCCGGAUACUCCCCCAAUUGUAAAACGCUUCUCUAUGCCUCUCAUUUUCGAGCCUGGAGAAGGUAUUGCAUAUGACCAUAGCACCUACUGGACACAGUUACCUGUAUACCGUCUCGGGGAAAACUCUUCAACAGAUAUAUUCAGGAGCAUAUUGUUGACCGUAUCGGCAUGA